AUGAGUCAAGACAAAAAAACUAUAAUCGUGGAGAAGACUUCCGAGAGUGAGGAUCAUGAUGCUUUCAUCGCCGAUUUACCAGAGACGGAAUGUCGAUUUGCUGUCAAAGACUUCCUGUACGAAAGUGACCCCGCAGAGGGUGCAAGGAACAAGAUUCUUUUUAUAACCUGGACGCCAGAUAAUGCCCCAAUAAGAAGCAAGAUGGUCUUUGCCGCCUCAAAGGACGCUCUUAGGCGGAGUCUCAAUGGUAUUCAAGCCGAGGUACAGGGCACAGAACAUUCUGAGGUUUCCUAUGAGACGAUCCUGGAGAAAGUCACGAAACGGAAGAGUACAAACUAA